GCUCGGUGCCAGCCCCGCUCGGUGCCAGCCCCGCUCGGUGCCAGCCCCGCUCGGUGCCAGCCCCGCUGCCAUGGCCCGUGCCACCACGCUGGUGUCGCAGCUCUGGCUCCUGCUCCAAGCCUCCUGCCUCUGCCUGGCCCAGCUCCGAGGGCCACCAGGAGAGCCUGGCCCACGAGGGCCCCCUGGUCCCCCAGGAGUGCCAGGAGCUGAUGGCAUCGAUGGUGACAAAGGCCCUGCAGGAUCUGCCGGCUCCCCGGGUGUCAAGGGUGACCCUGGAGCCCCUGGCCCGGAUGGACCCCCAGGAAAGCCUGGAAUUGAUGGCCUGACGGGAGCCAAAGGGGAGCCAGGAGCCACUGGCAGGCCGGGAACCAAAGGCCAGCCCGGACUCCCAGGGCCACCAGGGCUCCCUGGUCCUUCACUGCCAGGACCUCCUGGGCUUCCAGGCCAGGUUGGACUUCCUGGGGAGAUUGGAGUGCUGGGACCCAAGGGUGACCCCGGACCCGACGGCCCAAGGGGUCCCCCAGGCCCUCCAGGGAAACCUGGACUCCCAGGACACCUCCAAGGCGUGGAAGGCAGCGCUGAUUUCCUGUGUCCCACCAGCUGCCCCCCAGGUCCCAAAGGCCCCCAGGGACUGCAGGGACUGAAGGGACACAGAGGCCGCCCUGGUGCCCUCGGAGAGCCUGGAAAGCAGGGAGAGCCGGGCCCCAAGGGGGACGUUGGUGCCUCUGGAGAACAAGGAGUCCCAGGCCCUCCGGGACCUCAGGGCCUCAGGGGGUACCCUGGCAUGGCAGGACCCAAAGGGGAGACGGGCCCUGCUGGCUACAAGGGCAUGGUUGGGAGCAUUGGAGCCGCUGGGAGGCCGGGCAGGGAAGGCCCCAAGGGACCGCCUGGGAGCCCUGGUGACAAGGGAGAGCUGGGUGGCCGUGGCAUCAGGGGACCCCAGGGUGACAUCGGCCCCAAGGGGGAGAAUGGUCUGCCGGGCAUCGAUGGCAAGGAUGGCACCCCAGGGAUCCCAGGAGUGAAGGGUGGCACAGGACAGGCCGGACGCCCGGGAACGCCGGGACACCGGGGACAAGCUGGAUUGCCAGGCCAGCCCGGAAGCAAAGGUGGCCCCGGUGACAAGGGUGAAUCAGGUCCUCGGGGCCACCCCGGUGCCACCGGUGCCCCAGGGCAGCUUGGCGAGCCCGGACCUCGGGGUGAGCAGGGCCCGCAGGGUGUCCCCGGGCCGAAGGGUGACAGGGGCGAGCGUGGCCUCGUGGGACCUCCGGGAGAGCAGGGCAGAGCGGGCCCAAAGGGUGAGCAGGGCCCACCAGGCAUCCCAGGACCCCAAGGCUUGCCUGGAGUCAAAGGAGACAAGGGCUCUCCAGGGAAAACCGGCCCCAAAGGCAGCACUGGAGAUCCAGGUGUCCACGGCCUGGCAGGGCUCAAGGGAGAGAAGGGGGAGUCAGGAGAGCCAGGACCCAAAGGACAGCAAGGCAUCCAGGGAGAGCUCGGCUUUCCCGGCCCCUCGGGGGAUGCAGGAGCGCCGGGAAUUCGGGGCUAUCCCGGCCCGCCCGGCCCGCGGGGGCUGGUGGGGGAGCGUGGAGUGCCGGGAAUGCCGGGCCCGAGGGGCACAGCCGGCCGGGACGCUGGGGACCAGCACAUCGUGGACGUGGUGCUGAAGAUGCUGCAAGAGCAGCUGGCAGAGGUGGCCGUGAGCGCCAAGAGAGCCGCCCUGGGCGGGGUCGGGGCCACGGGACCCCCCGGUCCCCCCGGCCCCCCAGGGCCACCCGGUGAUCAGGGACCCCACGGCCCCAUGGGACCCCGAGGUGUCCCCGGAAUCUUGGGAGCUGCCGGGCAGAUCGGCAAUGUCGGACCCAAAGGGAAGAGAGGAGAGAAGGGCGAGCGGGGAGAGGUUGGCCGUGGCCACCCGGGAAUGCCAGGUCCUCCAGGGAUCCCAGGUCUCCCGGGCAUCCCCGGCCACGCUGUGGACGGCAAGGCGGGCGAGCGGGGCCAGCCGGGCUCCCCGGGCGAGGCGGGCCGGCCGGGGCUGCCGGGGCCCGCGGGCCUGCCCGGCUUCUGCGAGCCCGCCGCCUGCCUGGCAGCCUCGGCCUACGCGGCCGCCCGCCUCACGGAGCCGGGCAGCGUCAAGGGCCCCUCGUUCUGAGCGAUUCCCCGUGAAAAUCCCUUCCCAAAGUGACCGCAACACUGCAAUCCCACAGGGAGAAGUUUCCGCGCUUUCCCGCUUCUUGGUGUGAGGGUGGAGGCGGGGGAAAACGCAGCCUUAAAUUGUUAAUUUCGGGACCUGAUUUUCUUUUACACAGUUCUGGCAGCAUAAAAAAAUCUUAUAGUGGGUAUAAAUUUGAUUUAAAUACACUUUAGGGUUGCUCCGUUCUGAGCAAUUUCCUAAGGAAAAUCCCUUCCCAAAGUGACCACAACACUGCAAUCCCACAAGGAGAAGCUGCCGCACUUUCCCGGUUAUGGUGUGAGGGUGGACAGCAGGGAAAACACAGCCUUAAAUUGUUAAUUUUGGGACUUGAUUUUUUUUUACUCAGUUCUGGUAGCAUAAAUUCUAUUUAACUAUACUUUAGAGUUCCUCUGUGCUGCCCCUCAUUCUGAGUAAUUCCCUCAUGAAAAUCCCUUCCAAAAAUGACCAGAACACUGCGAGAAGCGGCCUCACAUUCCCGGUUCUGGCAUGAGGGUGGACAGCAGGGAAAACACAGCCCUAAAAUGUUAAUUUUGGGACUUGAUUUUUUUUUACACAGUUCUGGCAGCAUAAAUUUUAUUUAAAUACACUUUACGGUUCCUCUGUGCUGCCAGAAUCUGUAAAGGGGUCUUUAUGUAAACCAGAAUCAGGGCCUCUAAUCCUGUUUCCAUCCAUGUGGUUUCAAAUCUGCUCCUGGCGCCCUUUCCCAAAAAAAACAAACAAAAAAAUUGGAACAAAUUUUAUAAUUCCCUGUGAUGUUUGAAGGAGCUGGUGGAAAUUCCAUUUUUAGCCUUCCCUUUUCUUUUUUAAAUUGGAAUUUUUCAAGCCCCACCCCCAAAACCAAAAUCAUGGUUUGAUUAUUUAAGAGAAUUCCCAGCUCCAACUUGGUCACUCCCAGAGCUGUAAAUCUUUGUAAAAUAGGGAUAUUUUAUAAUUGUGUUGAGGAAAACACUAACUUUUGGAAAAAUGGACAAUAAAACCAAACUGAAUUCUUAA